GUUGAAUGUACAGAACUGAUUGAUGGUGCUCAGUCAGGUAGCUAUCUCUGGUCCACUGUAACUAAGCAACGAGGCAACAAUGGUGCCGAAGGAAAAGGGAGGGUUGAGGCAAGGAGUGCUGGGAAAGCCGUUUCCUUUCUCGCAAUCUUCGGUUUUGCCAUAGUUUCGUAAAGUGAUGGUAUACGACGAAUGUGUUUUAAGAGUGCCCCUUGGCUUUGUCUUGUCCUUGAUCAAAAAAUAUACAACCCUUAUCAAAGUUGUUAGAUGCAGAAACUGGUUCGUAAUUAAUGGGCGCGUGAGAAGACGAGAAGAUUGUGCAGAGAAGCAGGGCCCCACGGCCAGAGGUGGGACUCAUGCAGUAGAAACGAAGCCAUGGAAUAUGCAGGGAGCCGAAAGUCAAGCCCCCAGCCACCCUUGGAUCCUGGAGACGAUAAAGUGGAUUGUGGGGUUCCCACCUUUAACCAAACGCAUAUGAAGAAUGCGUUCCAGCUCAUGAACGACCUGAGGAGUAAGAAGAUGCUGUGCGAUGUGUUGCUGGUGGCAGAGGAUAUUGAGGUUCCUGCUCACAAGGUGGUUUUGGCUUCCUGCAGCCCCUAUUUCUGUGCCAUGUUUACAGCGGACAUGAGCGAGAGCAAAGCCCGGAGGGUGGAGAUCAGAGAUGUGGACGGACAGACACUCCGGAGGCUGGUGGACUACAUCUACACUGCUGAGAUCGAGGUGACAGAGGACAAUGUCCAGGUCCUGCUGCCUGCUGCCAGCCUCUUGCAGCUGAUGGACGUGCGGCUCGCCUGCUGUCACUUCCUGCAGGCCCAGCUCCACUCCACCAACUGCCUGGGCAUCCGCGCCUUUGCCGACCUCCACGCCUGCACACAGCUGCUCAGCCAGGCCCACGCCUACGCAGAGCAGCACUUCUCGGAGGUGAUGCUGGGGGAGGAGUUCCUGAGCCUGUCGCUCCAGCAGGUGUGCGGUCUCAUCUCCAGUGACAAGCUGACUGUGUCCACUGAGGAGAAGGUUUUUGAGGCCAUGAUUUCGUGGAUAAAGCAGGAUAAAGAGACACGCUUGGAGCACAUGCCAAAGUUGAUGGAGCACGUCCGCUUGCCCCUGCUGUCGAGGGAUUACCUGGUUCAGAUCGUGGAGGAGGAGGCUUUGAUCAAGAACAACAACACCUGCAAAGACUUCCUCAUCGAGGCCAUGAAGUACCACCUGCUGCCUGCCGACCAACGACACCUCAUCAACACGGACAGGACACGCCCGCGCACACCGAUAAGCCUUCCCAAGGUGAUGAUUGUGGUGGGAGGCCAGGCCCCUAAAGCCAUCCGCAGUGUUGAGUGUUAUGACUUCCAGGAGGAUCGCUGGUACCAGGUGGCCGACCUGCCCUCCCGGCGAUGCCGAGCAGGCGUGGUGUUCAUGGCGGGGCGCGUGUACGCGGUGGGCGGGUUUAAUGGCUCCCUGCGCGUGCGGACGGUGGACUCGUACGACGGGGCGCGGGACCAGUGGUGCUCGGUCCCCAGCAUGCAGGAGCGCCGCAGCACGUUGGGGGCGGCUGUGCUGGGGGACCUGCUUUACGCCGUGGGUGGCUUCGAUGGCAGCACAGGCCUGGCCUCAGUGGAGGCCUACAGCUACAAGACCAAUGAAUGGCUCUUUGUGGCCCCCAUGAACACACGGCGCAGCAGUGUGGGGGUUGGAGUAGUGGAUGGGAAGCUGUAUGCGGUGGGCGGGUAUGAUGGGGCAUCCCGGCAGUGUCUCAGCACAGUGGAGGAGUUCAACCCAGUCAGCAACCAGUGGGAAUAUGUGGCUGAGAUGGGCACCAGACGCAGUGGAGCAGGUGUUGGGGUACUCAGUGGGCAGCUGUAUGCAGCCGGGGGCCACGACGGCCCCCUGGUCAGGAAGAGUGUGGAGGUGUACGACCCCCCCAGCAACAACUGGAGACAGGUGUCCGACAUGAACAUGUGUCGGAGGAACGCAGGAGUGUGUGCCAUUAACGGACUGCUGUACGUGAUUGGCGGGGACGAUGGCUCCUGUAACCUCUCCUCGGUGGAGUACUACAACCCUGCCACGGACAAGUGGAGCCUGAUCCCCACCAACAUGAGUAACGGCCGGAGCUAUGCGGGGGUCUCGGUCAUUGACAAGCCCCUAUGACAAAGAGCCUCGGCCAGCGUGGACCCACGGCCACCCACAAACCCAGACCACAGCAGAGACACCGACGUCUGACUGGGCGUCAGCUUCAGGGACCGAGCGGGUACUGCGGAGGACGCCCGUGAAAGGGACCUGUUUGAGCACAGGUGCUGCUGUGACACGUACACUAGAUGUGAGAAUGGAGUCAGGGGUGGGGGAGGGGGGCUGAGUGGGCCUUGCUGGCCUCACGCACAAACAAACAAUAUCUGCCUGGUGCAGAACAUCUUGAGAGCUGCUGCCAAAACAGACACCGGACCCAGACACCGUUCAGCAACACCGGUGAUGCUGCACUGCGAGUCGAGACUCCGCCGUAAACUCAUUAACUGGAGGGGAACGUUGGUUUAAUGUAGCUGUACAAAAACUAAAAGGGGUAACUGAGCAAUGCUGGCUGGACCUGAGAGACAGUGCUACAUUCUGUGGGAUAUAGGGAUAAGCCGUGCCAAUCGACACUACUUCACCCCAAAGUACUACUGAUCGAAAAAAAGGCACUGAACCACAGUCUGUCUGAAAAAUGACCAGGGGACAGAAGGCUGUGAUGUCAGGGUCAUCUUCCUUGGGUCUGGUGGAGGGUGAGGGGUUGUGUUUGUAUGUAUGGGCGUGUGUGUGCGUACGUUUGUGCGUGUGCAUGUGGGGGGGGGGGGGGGGUGCAGCCUGUGAGACAGUUGCUUAUGGAAAAAGCACUAACCAGAACCAGCAUGCAUCUGGGUCCAGAGGAGGUUGGUGGCCACUUCUGACAAUGCCUUACCUCACAGUGGGAUGUAAUUCUCUCGGCCCUCAGUUGCAGUGAGCUGUAGAGUCCUACGUUUCCACGCCGCUUUUACCACACAGCUCUGAGCUACGUCUCCUCGCCUGAGGGGAGACCCCUCUAAACAAAAACCUACCAUUCUGCUCUUUUCUGAGGUCAAUCUUCCAUCUAAAUCCACCCUUCAUAAGUACAGGUGUGAAACGCAGUGCACCUGAAUAUUUCAUGAAAGUCUCUCGUAGUACUGCUUUGACAGCACUGUACCUCCAAAUCCCAGUGUUGGGAGCUUAGCCCAGGGCUGUAAAGAUGAGGCAGUGGAAGAUGGGCCUUCAUCUUAUGCAGAGCCCAGAGCUGGCACAGAUUCCACCCCCGGUGAAGGUGCCAGCCUGGGUUACAAAGGGGCUGCUGUCUUCCUUUUGGCCAUAGCGGUGUGUUCAGGUGAGGUCUCCAUCCCUGGCCCUGGACAGCCGCACAGUCUGCUGGUUUUUGUUGUUGCCCAGCACUUAAUUGAGCCAUUAAAGCAAUCGACUACAUGGUAAAAUAACCUCGCCUGGUUUCUUGGGUCUGAACCAACUGUCGAUUUUCAGCAAGAAAUUAGAACUAGGAGACCCUGCGGCUUUCAAGGACCGUGAUUCCAAUUAUUCGAUUUGCGCAACGAAACUGGGAGGGAUAAACGGUGUAUCACAAAGGUGGCUUUUAAAUGAGGAAUUAAAACUGGGUUCUUCGAGCUGGAGUUUGAGUAAAUCAUGAUUGUCUGUUUGGAUUAUGCAAGUGCAAGUUAAAAUGCAGUUUCAUUGUGAUGUUGCAAAUUCCACUGCUUUUUCAGUGUUACUGCAUAUUUUUUAGAUUUGUCAUGGUAAUCGGCUUUUUUUUAAACCCAUGGCUCGCCAACAUUUUGGGCCAGUUUCGCUGACAAAGAUUAAGCCAAGUCCUACACUAAUUUAAAUUAUGAAUGGAGAUUUUCCAUACAAAACUCAAUUUAGACUCAUUUUUAAUGGGUCUUUGAAACCGGCCGUAUAAGACCAGUGCCUUUGUGAUACAAAUAUUCUUAGUGUUACACUGAUACAUAUUGGAAUUGCAUUAUUAUUAUUGUAGUGCUAUUUUUAAACGGGAACCAUCGUCACGGACAUGGAACCAGUACCACGGUGUAUUAGCCUGCUGCUCAGUGUGUUGCAGUGGGAGCCAGAGUGUCUGGUGGCUAACCUACUAGCGAGCAUGUGACCGAGAAAAUAAGCUAGUGGUACCCAAGCUUGGUCCUGGGGACCCUCAGUGUAUGAUCAUUUUCGUUCCAACCAUAGUUGCAAUUUGAACAAGCUGUUACAUUUUUCUUAAUUGCGUGCUUUUUGUGUCUAGAGGAAUUCUGGGAUUGCAACUCUAGUUGGAACAAAAACCAGCAUACACAGGAGGUCCCCAGGACCAUGGUUAGGAAACACUGAUGUAAGCCAAUGGUAUUGUAGCCGCUUUUGUGAACAGGCUCAUGGUAAAGGUGGAACUUCUUGUGGAGACCUGGAAUACUGCGAGCUCUCAGCAUUCGCACGCCAUCCUGACAGAAUCCAAGCCCUUCUCUCUCUCAGCAUUUUUCUGCUCUGAAUUGCCUGGUAUUUAUAAGUGGUGAGGCAUUACAGGCUAUUGUUGCUUUGAACCAAUAAUGGGCGUCCUGUCAACUCAACACAACUGUUUGUGGGCAGGUUAUAAAUCACAUUGAAGUAUAAGGGUGUAGAGAGAGGACCUGCUUACGUCUGUGUAAUUCUGGUUAACUUUGCUAUGUAAUACAAUAAAUACAGAUGAACUUUU